AUGGCUGAGGAUGAGCAGAAGCUCACCAGGCAGACGUAUGAAGAAGCUUCAUUUAGACAAUCAAACCCAGCAGUGCGGAGCAAGCUAGCAGCAAAGACUGAGAAGGAUCACAAAAGGGUCCACGCGUCAAAGGCGGGAAUCCAAAACUGUCAACGAAGCGUAUGUCAACACCACAUAAUAUCUCGGACCUUGUUAAUGGGAUAUACACAGCUGUAUAAGAUAAUUGAUUCUCCGCCUUCUCAGGAUGCCAGUGAAUUGGAUGAAUAUGCAUUCAUCACUUGCAAACAUAUUUACCGGCGAGUUCACUGCACUGUUUACAUUGACAUCGAAUCACUGGGUCUGCGAGAUUUCAUAAGAGUUAUUAUGUUGAAGGACAUUAGAACAGCUGCCCUUGAGGCAGAGAAACCUGUGGUAUUGUGCACCUACACACCAUUUGCUGAUGGCAACGCACAGACUGAGCGGAAUCUGCCAUACCAUUUCCUUGCUGAAUUGAAAGACUAUUAUUCCAGGUCAGAUGAAGAACAGGACAAUGAAGGUGACAAGGCUGCGGUCCACCUAGGCCUGCUGAUACGAUAUAUGGAGGAAGUGUAUUGGUGGCACCUCAAAGUAACUCACUUCAGUCUUGAAACACUGGAAAAUAUCUAA